CUUCUUUUUGUGGAAAUUUUAUAUUAAAAAAUCAACAAAAAAAGAAAUGAUUGGUUUAAUAGCUUCAGCAGUUGAAUGCAGUUAUCUUACAGUAGCUACCUUCUCUGCUUUAUUUUCACUUCUUCAGCCAAAAAUUAAAUCUUCCCUUAUUUUAAUUUCAAUUCCAAUUUUGGCAGCAUUAGCCCCAACUACUUUAGCCGCUAAUAAAAUUGUUUCUGAGGAUGGAGAGAAUGAAGGAAUUGAUAUGGCUAAAAGUAUUUUAAAUUGA